AUGGCGGACAUGGACGCGCCGCCACCUCCGCCGCCCUCGGAUCCGAUCCCGCCUCCGCCUCCUCCACCGAGCGACCCAGUUCCUCCGCCUCCUCCACCGAGUGAUCCCAUACCUCCCCCACCGCCACCGGCGACGAAUGGACACGAAGACGAUGAACACUUCCAGCCGCGCGUGGAUCUGCCCAAGAAGCGAAAGCUAGAGCCGAGGCCCAAAGUUGCCCCGCUCAGUGUAGAAGAACUUCUUGCCCGGAAGAAAGCCCAGGAUGCUGCAGCAGCAAAGCCAAAGUUCUUGUCGAAGAAGGAAAGAGAACGCCUUGCGAAGGAGAAGGGAGCGCGGGAAGCUCAGGCACAGAAAGCAAACGAGCCCAAGGAACCAGAAAGAGUGGCGCCAAAUGGCCCAUGCGGACGACCCACGGGCCCGAGAUCGAUGAGAGAUGGAGGUCGUGACGCGCCAAGAGGGCCAGCAGCCAUGCGAACUCAAUUGCCGAACAAGGGAUACGAUAUGCAACCUCCGCCACCUCCCUCGCGGGACGCGAAGAUUGUUGAUGGCCCAAAGUCGAACAAGAAACAGUCAGAGAGGGAAGUUGAGGCUGAGAUGACCAAGCAGCGGUACAUGGGCGCCGACACGAACACAUCCACGUUCUCGGCCAAGAAGAAGCGCAAGCGGACGACAGAGAAGAAGUUCAACUUCGAAUGGAACACCGAGGAAGACACGAGUCCGGACUACAACCCGAUAUAUCAAUCCAGGCAGGAGAACAGUUUCUUCGGACGCGGCAGACUUGGCGGCUUCACAGACGAUAGUACGGACAAGCAAGCGCAACAAUAUGCCGCAGCAAUCGCAGCGAGAGAUCCCGAGGCCGGAAGGGAAAGAGCGCAGGCCAUCCUUGAGGCAGAACGCAAACGACGAGAAGAAGGCGGCAGGACUGGCGUGGAGAAGCACUGGAGCGAAAAGAAGUUGGAGAACAUGCGGGAAAGAGACUGGCGUAUUUUCAAGGAGGACUUCAACAUCGCAACCAAGGGAGGAUCCAUACCGAAUCCCAUGCGCAGUUGGGCAGAGUCUGGACUACCGAAACGCAUUCUGGAUAUUGUCGAUCAAGUGGGAUAUACCGAGCCAUCUGCCGUGCAGCGUGCAGCUAUUCCCAUUGCUUUGCAAUCACGGGACCUUAUCGGUGUCGCCGUCACUGGUUCUGGUAAAACUGCUGCUUUCCUGUUGCCCCUUCUGGUUUACAUUUCGGAGCUUCCUGCACUGAACGAGCAGACCAGCAACGAUGGUCCAUACGCAAUUAUCCUCGCUCCGACCCGUGAACUGGCGCAGCAGAUUGAGAUUGAAGCGAAGAAGUUCGCAACACCAUUGGGCUUUACUUGUGUCUCCCUUGUUGGUGGACACAGUAUCGAAGAGCAAAGUUACAAUAUGCGAAACGGUGCCGAAAUCAUCAUUGCGACACCCGGUCGUCUCGUGGAUUGUAUUGAGCGUCGUGUCUUGGUGCUCAGCCAGUGUUGCUACGUCAUCAUGGAUGAAGCAGACAGAAUGAUAGAUCUCGGGUUCGAAGAGCCGGUGAACAAGAUUCUGGACGCGCUGCCAGUCUCGAACGAGAAGCCAGAUACCGAAGAAGCCGAGAACUCGAUGAUGAUGUCUUCCCAUCUCGGCGGACGAGAUCGAUACCGACAGACAAUGAUGUACACAGCUACUAUGCCGGCAGCUGUGGAGCGCAUCGCUCGCAAGUACCUCCGUCGCCCGGCACAGGUCACUAUCGGCAAUGUCGGCGAAGCAGUCGACACUGUUGAGCAACGUGUCGAGUUUCUCCAAGGAGAAGACAAGCGCAAGAAGCGCCUCGGCGAGAUCCUCAACUCCCGCGAGUUCGCACCACCCAUCAUCGUCUUCGUCAACGUCAAGCGCAAUUGCGACAGUAUUGCUCGUGAAAUCCAACGAAUGGGCUUUUCCAGUGUCACGCUCCAUGGUUCGAAAACACAAGAUCAGCGUGAAGCCGCUCUCGCCUCUUUGCGCGAUGGUAGUACCCAGGUCCUCGUGGCGACCGAUCUGGCAGGUCGUGGUAUCGAUGUGCCGGACGUCUCGCUGGUUGUCAACUUCAACAUGGCCACGAAUAUUGAAAGCUACACUCACAGAGUUGGUCGCACAGGUCGUGCGGGAAAGACCGGUGUAGCGAUUACGUUCUUGGGCAAUGAGGAUGCGGAUGUCAUGUAUGAUCUCAAGCAGAUGAUCAGCAAGAGCAGUAUCUCGCACGUGCCUGAGCAGCUACGAAAGCAUGAGGCGGCACAGCAGAGGACAGGCAAAGGGCAGAAGAAGAACAUCGAGGACAGUGGAGGAUUCGGUGGGAAGGGUGGAUGGGGAUAG